AUGACGGCUCCACCAAGUCUGGAAGAAGGUCAAUCUAUCACACGUACUCUUUGUUUCAACGACCAGAUCUAUGGGUGGUGGAAGAAUAGAAUGCAAGAUUAUAUUAUGGCAGAAGACAGCGAGCUUUGGGAUGUGGUGCUUGAUGGUCCUUAUGUUCCUAGCAAGGACGUAAAUGAGGGAGAUCUAACUCGGGUGGUUCCCAAGUCUAGAAGGGAAUAUGAUGAAAUAAACAAAAAGAAGAUCGUGAAACAUUAUAAAGCUAAGAAGUUGCUGGAAGGUGAAAACAUUCAUGAGAAGCACUCUAGAUUUACGUCUAUCACAAAUGAACUUUGUUGUCUUAGUGAACCCAUUCAUCCAAGCAAGAAAGCUCGAAAAAUCCUUCGAGUUUUUCCCAAAUCAUGGGAAAGCAAAGUGAAUGCCAUCACUGAAGCAAGAGAUCUGAAGACCCUUACAAUGGAUGAUUUGAUAGGCAACUUGCAAACCUAUGAGUUGAACAAACUACAGGAUUCAUCCAAGAAGGAAGGAAAGAAAGACAAAUCUGUUGCACUGAAGGCAUCUCAAAAUGAUGCUUCUGUAGAUGAGGAAGAGAUGUGUGGAAAGCCAGGACAUUUCAUGAGAGACUGUCCAAGCCCCAAACACGAGUUUCAAGACUAUGCCAGAGAAGACAAAAAUAAGCGCAGGGACCAGGUCUCUGACUAUGUUGGGCGAAAGGCCAAUGCUGAUCAGGUGGUGAAAAAAGUCUUUGAUGUAUGGGGAAAUCCUUCCAGUGACUCUGAGGAGUCUGAACAUCAUGAAGAUGUGUCUAUGAUGGCUGUCAAGGAUGAAGAAAAUGUCUUCAACUCAAUGUUCUCAUUGAUGGCUAAAUCUGAUGAUGAAGAUGACAAGGAUGAGGUAACUCUCUUCGAUCUUAAAAAUGAUUUAGAUACCUUGUCAAUUAGAAGAUUGAGAAAACUUGUUGCUGUUUUGAUUGACUCUGUUGAUGAGUUAACAACUGAAAAUUUUAUUUUGAGUGAAAAUUUGAACCGAAGUGAAGAUGAAAAAACCACCCUUACUUCACAGCUGUCUGAAAUGAACGUGAGGCUGAGUAUUCUAGAGACUGAAAGUCAUCAAACUAAAGAGGGACCUGGUACUUCUGAGAGUGGAAAAAGAAAACUCAGUAGCUUUGAACUUAAUUUAGUGAAAAGUCUUAAAAUUUCUGAGUCUAAGCUAGUUGCAGCACUCAAAAGAAACUCACAGUUAGCAAAUGAUCUCAGUAAAGUUAAAGAAGAGUUAAAUCAGUCCUUGAUAUGGACUGACUCCUCAACAAUUCUUUCAAAAUUGGCAAAUAAGAAAUUUAACAAUGGGAAAGGCUUGGGGUGUCAAAAGAUAGAACCUCCCUAUAAUCCUUAUAGCAAGUACGUGUUUUCGUUCAAUAACUUGUUAUGCACCCACUAUGGAAAAAAUGGCCACCUGAAGAGAAAUUGUGAAUCCUUGAGAAAGACUAAAGAAAAUCAAGCAUUGUUUUGUAAAGCUGACAGAAAUAAGGUACCUGGUCCCAGAUACCGAUUCAGUAAGAAUAAUUUGCCACCAUGGACUAGAAGGUUUCUCAUUAAGCCUCUUGAUAGUUUUUGGGAACUCCAUCUCAAGUGGAUUCCCAAGGCUAACAAGUGA